AUGAAUAUAUUAUAUAUUCUAUCAUAUAUUAAUUUUUUCGUAAUUUUUUAUAGCUUGAAUUUAAAUAAUAGAAAUGAGAAUUUUUUGACUGUAAGAAGAUUAAUGAGUGACCAAACAGAAGGGGGUGGUGUUGGAAGUGAAGAUAAUGUGAAUAAAAAUAAUAAUAGAAGUGAUGAAAAUAAAUUAAAAGAAGAAGAUGCUUUAUCUACUGAGAUGACUGAAAAAAAUUCCAGUUCAUCAGAUAAACAACCCAAUGAUAUUUCACAAGAUGAAUCAAAGAAUAAUUCUAAGAGUUCAGAAUCUAUACAAAAAGAACGUGAAGAAAAAGAGAAUAGUAACCCUAAUUUAGAUAGUAGUAAAAAUUCUAGUGAGAGUACAACACGUUCUGUUGAUAUAUCAGAACAUAAUUCUAAUAAUGCAGAGACAAAAGACGAGAACGGAGAAGAAACUUUAGAACUUGAAAUUAAUGAGAAUGCAGAUAGAGGUCAAGAGCCUCCAAAUAGAUUACAUUUUGACAAUAUAGAUGAUGAGGUGCCACAUUACAGCGCCCUAAGAUAUAAUAAAGUAGAAAAAGAUGUAACAGAUGAUAUGCUAUUAUAUAAUAUGAUGAGUCAUGAAAAUAAAAAAUCAUGCUCCAUAAAUAAUGGUGGAUGUUCUGACGAUCAAUUAUGUAUAAAUAUAAAUAAUAUUGGAGUUAAAUGUAUAUGUAAGGAUGGAUAUUUACUAGGAACAAAAUGCAUAUUAUUGAAUUCUUAUUCUUUCCAUCCAUUUUUUUCUAUUAUUAUUUAUAUUAUAUUGUUUUUAUUAUUAUUCGUUUAA